GCGCGCCCGGCGCGGGAGUGUUCCUCAUGGCCCGCGCAGCUCGCGCCACUAAAUCCGCCUCAGCGCGCCGCGGUCCCGUUUACCGAGCGUCGUUGUGCUCUCCGGUGCUGAUCGACGCUAAGCGGCUCCGCGGACUCGUGUAGCGGGAAGCGCUGCGGAGAGCUCGGCGUCUUCUGUCGGGUGAUGUCGAUUGAAGCCAUCGGCGAUGAUUUAUGUGCUAAUGCUAAGAUUAGCUUCCAGAGAAGCGGAGCAGACUAGCGCAGAAACAGCGAAAUAAGCGAAUCAAACUUCAAUUUGUCGACAGAACGAGAUAUUUAGAGACCAAAUCAGUAUUUUAUUGAGAUAGAAACACAGCUCGUCUGUUUGGAGCUGUUUAUAUUAAGUAGUUUCGGCGUUUGCGGCCCGUUUCAGUCCAUUCAGAGCAAACAUGAGUCCAUCAAGGAUCGCACUCCAGCAUGUCCGAAACCGUGAAGUAUGUGGACGAUGAGCACAAGAGCAUCUUCCUGAAGCUUCUGAACGAGCAGCGUUUGGAGGGCGAGCACUGCGACAUCGCUGUGGUGGUGGAGGACGUCAAAUUCAGAGCGCAUCGCUGCGUGUUAGCGGCGUGCAGCAACUACUUCAAGAAACUCUUCAAGAAGCACGAGGUGGACAGUUCAUCCGUCAUCGAGAUCGACUUCAUCCGCUCGGACAUCUUCGAGGAGGUGCUGAACUACAUGUACACCGCCAAGAUCUCGGUGAAGAAGAAGGAUGUGAAUCUGAUGAUGUCCUCGGGACAGAUCCUCGGCAUACGCUUCCUAGACAAACUCUGCUCGCAGAAACGCGACAUGUCGCCCGAGGAGAAAAACGACCCCAGGAACGCCAAGUUCCCGUACGACAUGGUGAAGAUGGGGCUUCCGGCGGACGAUCCUCCGCUGGGUCAAGACAGCGACGUCCAGGAGCUCGGAGAACAAGACGACACGCCCUCGGACGACAUCGUAGAGGAGCCUCAGGGCAAUCACGAUCUGGAGAAAUCGCCAAAUAAUGCGUUACGAGUGCAGGAGGCCAUCCUGAAGGAGCUGGCGCAGGAGGAGGUGCACAAAGUGAGCUGCUACGAUCAAGAGGUGGAAGCCAUGGACGGAGAACCCAAAGAGCUGGCGGCUCACACCCAGACGCUCUCGUUCGCCGAAAGCAUUGGCGAUGUCAAAGACGAGCAGCCGCCGGGAUGGACCACGGCCGCCGCUGACAUGAAGUUCGAGUAUCUGCUCUACGGCCAUCGCGAUCAGCUGGCCUGCCAAGUGUGCGGAAAGAGCUUCCUCGACGAGAACCGCUUGAGGAAACACGAGAAGCUGCACUCGGCCGACCGGCCGUUCGUCUGCGAGAUCUGCACCAAAGCCUUCACCACUCAAGCGCAUUUAAAGGAGCACCUGAAGAUCCACACGGGCUUCAAGCCGUAUCGCUGCGACGCCUGCGGGAAGUCCUUCAUCCGCGCGCCGGAUCUGAAGAAGCACGAGCGAGUGCACAGCAACGAGCGGCCGUUCAGCUGCCAGAUGUGUGAGAAGGCCUUCAAACACAAGUCACACCUGAAGGACCACGAGCGACGCCACCGAGGAGAGAAGCCCUUCGUGUGCGGAUCCUGCACCAAGGCCUUCGCCAAAGCGUCCGACCUGAAGAGACACGAGAACAACAUGCACAGCGAGCGCAAGCAGCUGCAGAGCGAGACCGAGCAGCUCCAGGCCGCAGCGAUGGCCGCCGAGGCCGAGCAACAGCUGGAGUCCAUCGCCUGCUCAUAAACACUGAUCUUCGUAGAGCUGGGACUUUAAAUCCAUGCAUCGGGUUUCAUCAAUUCUCUCUUGAAUCGAUUCACGAUGCAUCGAUUUAUUGUCCCAGUCCUAGAUUUUUUUUCUCUUAUCAUUUUAGAACAUGAUUUACACUGUUUUUUGUUGUUUCUUUUAUAUGUAAAUGGUGCAGACGUUUUCUCUUAUUGUACAGUUCAUACCAAAUGUAUUGGAGUAUUUAUGGCAGCUGACGGACGAUGAGUUGUUCUGCCAUCAUAAAGCGUAAACUGGACACAUGUGAAGUCGACGGAGGGAUGGAGCAAGCUUCGGUCAAUCAUUCCAUCCGUUUCUUGUGAAAGGGUGUGACGGUUUGCACAUGCAGAUAUUUUUGCUGUAAUAAAAGACUGGUGAAUCAUG